AUGCGAUAUCGAUAUCGAUAUUCCGUCAGACAAGGCAACGGAAUUGCAACGAAGUGGGAGAGAGGGGGGGGGAGAAGGCGAAGGAGUGAAGGAGCGUUGGAAGAUUUCAAGUCGAGUUCGCGUCGAGACGAGACGAGACUCAAGGACCAGAGGGUGAAGAUGGACAAGAAUGCCAAGAAAGACCAGAAGACCAAGAUGGACAGCCGAAAGUCAGUUGGAAUGCUUGAUCGAAAGAUAUUCUCCGGCGGGCGCGAAGAGAUGAAAGGUAUCCGCUAUAGCAACGCCACGAGUGAGGCUGUGGGCGGUUCGCCACUAUAUCCGACAAUAUUAUCUGGCAUUGGCUACAGACGUGCCACGCAGCACUAUGAGGCCCCCAAACAGCCCAACGGCCAACGGGAGCAUUUCCUCGUUACUACACGAAAUAUUCAAGCCUCGAGUCUACCGCUGCCACGAUACAGACUACUAGUACCUAAGAUAUGCAUCAAGCGACGACAACCUCACCAGACCUGCAAAGUCACAGCUGGAACCGAGCAAAUCACAAUCACGUUGAGGCUGUGCCCUUCCACGAGGCUGAGCCUGCAUCUCGCCUUCCAGAAAGCUGCUUUCUCCCGAGACAUCGCCACAGCGUUACAGUAUCACACUAUGGCGUGGUCUCUCGGUCGAAUAGCCGAGUCGAGUCGCAAUCAAGAAUGCUGCAGGCAGGAGCUCGUUGAUCCCAAAGCGAAAAAGAGGUGGCGAAAGCGCGCAGAGGUCCCGCAAAGGCCCGCAAAGGGGCUGUGUCUUAUGAGCACUACCCAGCAACUCUACAUUAUUAUCAACUAUCGCGUGCGAAAAGAGAAAGAAGGAGAUGGGAAAAACAGCGACUCGUAG